AUGGACUCCGAAUCUGUCAAACAGUCUGUCAUGAAGCAAGUCCUCCAGGAGGCAAACUUGGCCAACGCUCGUGUUCUCAUCGAGAAACUUCAGGAGAACUGCUUCGAGAGGUGCGUGCCCAAGCCCGGCAGCUCUCUUUCCAGUGGCGAGACGACUUGCAUGACCUCUUGCAUGGAGAAGUACAUGUCGGCAUGGAACCAGGUCAACACCGCAUACAUCAACCGGAUAAAGCAGGAGUCUAGCAACCCCAGCAACUUCGCGUAA